CCGCGCUGAGGGCUGGGAGCCCCGUUACCCGGCGUACAGCGCCCCCUGGUGGCCAUUGGGGGCGGUGCAGUGAGGUGAGCGCUCCGGCUGCACGAGCAUCCAACGGGGCGGCAGCGAUAAGAGGCAGCGAUAGGAGACUGCGAUAAGAGGCAGCGAUAGGAGGGUCUGUAGACUGAAUUACUUGGGGGGGGAAAGAUGAAGAGUACUGCCAGGACUUGGAGUACUGUGUCAAAGCAAGGAAGUCAUGGGGUUGACAGAGGAAAGUCACUUUCCACUGCUUCAACAGGAAUGAAGACAUCCAAGUCCUCAACUUCACUCGCUUUCGAAUCUCGGCUCAGCAAGCUGAAGCGGGCGUGCAGUGAUGAUAUGCUUACAAAACCGGGAGUGACAGCAGCUUCUGGAGUUUCUAGACUGAAGAAGACCAUCACAACUGGAGCAAUUUCUGAGCUUGCUGAGAGUCGGCUGAAACCCAGCACAGGAACAGUUUCAACUGCAAAGCGCACAGGGAUUCCAGCACCCCGAGAAAUAUCAUCCUCUGUAUCAAGGGAGAGAGCUGUACUGCGUGGCCAAGCCAAUACAAGGAAAACUCAGCCCAGCCCCACCUCUUCUGGUACACCAACUCCUACCAAACAUGUGCGCCCCACUAGCAAGUCCAAGCAAGAGAGUGAAACUGGUGACAAGGCUGUUUUGGAAUCUCAGGUUAAAGAACUCCUGGCAGAAGCCAAGACAAAAGAUUCUGAAAUAACCAAACUCCGCUGUGAACUGAAGAAAUGCAAAGAGAAAGGGUCACAUAACCUUGAAGGGAUGGGUCCUUCAGACCAAAACAUUGAAACCUUGUCACCUGUUGACAUAGAUCCACUAAUACGGACCCUUCAGGAAAAAAACAGGACUUUUCAAAAAGAACUUGCUUGUCUGGGAGAAGAAAAUCGUGUUUUGAAAGAGAAGUUGCUUUAUCUAGAGAAUUCUCCUCUGUCAGACACAACAACAAGCAGUGGCGGUGACAGCAGCCUCCCUACCCCAACUACCCAAGAAUCCAGUUUUGGAAGCCCAUCAAAAAAUGUAUUGAGAGGUGAAACAAUUGAGCACAGGCAGCGAGUGAAUGGGGGAACACUGCGCAAUUCCGCUUCUUCCAGCAGCGAUGUAACUAAAGCUUCCCUGUCACCUGAUGCGUCUGAUUUUGAACAUAUAGCAGAUAUACCUUCCAGGCCAGCGUCCUCCAACAGCAACCACUUCAAGGGUUCCAAAUGCUCCACUACAGGAAGUUCUCCAAACAACAUUAGCGACCUUUCAGUCGCAUCUCUUACGGAGAAAAUACAAAAAAUGGAGGAGAAUCACCAUAGCACAGCAGAAGAAUUACAAGCCACUCUGCAGGAGCUGUCAGACCAGCAACAAAUGGUGCAGGAGCUGACAGCAGAAAACGAGAAGCUGGUGGAAGAGAAAGCUCUCCUGGAGACUUCUUUUCACCAACACAGAGACAGAGCAGAGCAGCUGGGUCAAGAAAAUGAAAAGCUAAUGACUCUCCUCCAAGAGCGAUCCAAGAGUGAAGAAAGCAGAGCUCAGGAGGGAAAAGUCCUCGAACUGGAACAGAAGUGUGCAGAAGUUCUUGAAAAAGCACAAUUUGAAAGAGAGAAAUUGCUCAAUAUUCAACAACAACUAACCAGCAGCCUACGAAGCUUGGAAAGGGAGCACCAAGAUGCCCAGCAGGUGAUUAAAGGCCUGAGAGAUGAAAAUGAGAGGCUGCUUAAACUUCUAGAAGUGGAACAGCAGAGCAACAGCACAGUAACAAAAACUCUGGAGGACUGCAAAAUUGCAUUGGAAGGUCUAAAAAUUGAGAAUGGGUCUCUAAAAACCCAGCUGGAGAGUGAGAAACAAAAGGCUGCAGAAAUCAACGCCAUGGGAUGCACUACUGACAACUCUGAGGUGCAAGAGCUGCUGAAAGUAGCCCAUGCAGAAAAGGAUCAGUUGGAAGCAUCUUGCACUGAGCUUAAGCAAGAGCUGCUGAAAGCAAACAGUGAACUGAAGCACGUUCAGGGUCUCCUAUCGAAGGCUGAGAAUGAGUGUGGUCAGCUGAAGGAGGUGUGUGAGCGGCAGGCUGAGCAACUGAGCAGAACCAGCCAGAAGCUGCAGGAAAAAACAUCAGAGAAUGAAGCAGAUAUAAAGAACCUAAAGGAAACCAUUUUCGAGUUGGAGGACCAGGUGGAACAACAUCGUGCUAUCAAACUUCACAACAACCAGAUCAUCAGUGACUUAGAAAGUAAAACUAUGAAGCUGGAAGAGCAAAAACAAGAUAUAGAGAGGCAGCUGAAGGCUCUGACUAAGCAAAUGAAGGAAGAUACGGAAGAAUGGAAGCGUUUUCAAGCUGAUCUACAGACAGCAGUGGUUGUAGCCAAUGAUAUUAAGUGUGAAGCCCAGCAGGAGCUCCGUGUGGUAAAGAGAAAGCUUCAGGAGGAAGAGGAGAAGAGUGCCAGGCUGCAGAAGGAGCUCGAUGAAGUGAAGGGCAACAACAGGCUGACAGCUGAAGAAGUAGAAUCUAUAGAGGCAGAUACAGCCAAUCGCUGGCAAGGAGUUUGCAUUAGCAGGGCAUCUCCCACACCAUCAGAAUCUGCAGCCACUGUGAAGUCACUGAUAAAAUCAUUUGACUUAGGAUGCUCAGGUAGCACUGGACAAAACAUCACGGUUCAAAAGGUCCCUAGGAGUCCCCUAAGUGGAAUUCCAGUGAGGACAGCCCCUGCAGCUGCUGUAUCCCCCAUGCAGAGACAUUCUGUUUAUAAUAACACAAAACCAGCCAGCAAAGGUGUUGUCAAGCACACAGAUCUUUCAGACCUUCCACUUGCAGACCUUCUGAAGGGGAGAAAUGAAGAGCUGAAACCGGACCAUUACCUCCGUAAAAGCCCCUCCCUGGAAUCCCUGAGCAAACCCCCUAUGGCCUUCAGCAGCAGAAUGCUUAACUCUACCCCCAGCAGCUUGAAACCCCAGAGCAAACUCAGCGUGGAGAGAAAGGACCCAUUGGCAGCCCUAGCCCGGGAGUAUGGUGGUUCAAAGAGGAAUGCUCUGUUAAAAUGGUGCCAAAAGAAGACCGAGGGCUACCAGAAUAUUGAUAUUACCAACUUCAGCAGCAGCUGGAGUGAUGGAUUGGCCUUCUGUGCUCUGCUGCACACGUAUUUGCCUGCACAUAUUCCCUACCAAGAGCUCAACAGCCAGGAUAAAAAGAGAAAUCUGCUGUUAGCAUUUCAAGCUGCCGAAAGUGUGGGCAUCAAACCCAGCUUGGAACUCAGUGAGAUGAUGUACACAGACCGGCCAGACUGGCAGAGUGUGAUGCAGUACGUCGCCCAGAUUUACAAGUACUUUGAGACCUGAGAUGCAGAGCAAGAGGUGGACACAAGUGGGGAAGAGAACAAAGAAUGCCACAGAUGCACUCGAUCACUUUAAAAAUGCCUUUUCUCCUCUUUCCACAACAACCUAUGCUCUUAGUUUGAAAGAAAGCUCUUCCAUAGUUUUGAUUACAUCUGGGGUAAAACCAAAUAAACAACCAUUGUCCGUCUAUUCAAACCAAAUUCAUCUUCAGUUUUGUUUCAGAAGAGGAUUCCUUGUGCUAAACAAUGUUUACCGCAAACCAAUCUCUACCAACAGGAGACCUGCCACAGAAUGAAGUUUUAAAUCAGUGUGGACUAUGCUGGUACUCAAGGGAAGCUGGGAGAUUAAUCCUAAUACAAAAUCUCACAAAAAUGCUCUUCUUGCCCAAAUAUAUUUAACUCAUCCCAAAUCCAUUUUGUUUUCUUCCCUUCGUGUAUUUUAUGAGAUGCCAUGAUAAAUGCAUGUGUGUAGAACCUUAACCUGAGUUAUUCUCACACAUCAACCAGUCUGCUAGUUGUUUUUGCCAUAGCUUAUCCACUAGGAUAACAACACCAUCAUUUGUAACUUGGAAACCAUGCUUUGUUCCACCAGCAUUUAGUGAGAGAUCUCUAGAAGAUACUGUUACUUGCUGCGACUCCAUUUCAGAUCAAACAGAUGUUGUCUCAGAGGAAAACAGCUUUAUUACAACAGUUUCAUUACUAUACCUUGACUCUUAAAGGAAGAUGGAGCUUUGUUUCACAGCUGUCUAUCCAGACACUGUUAGCAUAGGAAUAUUGCAAAUGCAAGUUACUAGCUCUAGCUUACGAGGUGCCAGUAAUCAGGUGGUGAUGCUCUAAGCAGCAUAUUGACAUCUCAGUAGUUCAUGUUUUUGUGAACUGAGUGCAGCAACUUCUCUUUUCUGCAACUGAUCUUUAAUAAUCAGCACUAAUAAGUAAAUUCUGGAUAAGAGCAUAAAUCUUGACACAACUUAUGCCAUUUGAGAUGAAAUGUAGUCCACAGGGCACUGUUAGAUGCUUAGAAGUUCUGUUACCCUGUAAAGGACCACAGUAAUGUAUUGGUAACAAUAGAAGUUAGAAUUCCACUCUGCAAAUCGCAGUACAUUACUGUGUUCCCCUCUUGGUUUCUUGAAUAUCUUUAAGGCGCCAGAGAAUAACCUUUCAGCUCAGUAAUACUAUUAGCAAGAUGUCCAAAGUAUGCUGUUUAAUUUACUGUUUCUCUUAUUUCAGCCCAUGAAGUUAAAUUUUAUGUCAUCUCCAAUGGUGAAAGGAUAAAACUCAAUUAAAGGCUGCUUAAUUUGUUCUAGGAGCAGAUCUUAGAGACUGUGCUGUGCAGGAUCUCACAGAAGGCUGCUACCCGCUUUAGAUUAUGCUGCUAGAAGAAAGGAGUUGUUUAGUUAGUGCAUUUAACCCUGUGACCCAGACCUGAUGCUUCAUGAAUGUUAAUCAUAGGCAGCUAGGGAUCAUUUUUCUCUUACAAAAGUUAAUAGUGUAUGCUUGCUGCUCUCAGCACUUGAAAAGAGCUCAUGAAAUGGAAAUAGAUGAUUUCACAGAAGAAACAUGAUUUUUCUGGGGCUCUGCAGGUGCCUGAUCUCAGCCUCUGGCUUCCCCAUGGUACUUCAUUGAGUUUGUUUAUUUGUUGGUUUUUUUUUAAUUUUAUAUUAUUUAAUUAGCAAAUAAACUAUUUCAGACUUUGGUUUUCUCACAGAAAAAUCAAGAUUUAGGGGAUAGAUGAGAGCAGCCAAGGUCAGUGAGUGCCUUGAACAGAAAGGAAGCUGGAAGAAUACAGAGUAUGCCUGUUUCACAGGAAGAAGAAAA